AGCAGUGUGUUCCACUUGGUGACGUCAAAAGCAGUCGCCUCUCAGUGCAGAACUUCCGGCGUGGAGAUGCCUCCCAAAGGGAAAAGCGGCGGUGGGAAAGGGGGCAAAGGGGGAUCCUCAUCAAGCGGCGAUGCUGCAGAGAAGAAGAGCCAGGGCCCCAAAGGGGGAGGCAGCUCCGUGAAGGUGAGGCAUAUCCUUUGUGAGAAGCAGAGCCGAGCCUUGGAAGCCAUGGAAAAACUAAAGGCUGGAAUGCGUUUCAGUGAAGUCGCCUCCCAAUACAGUGAGGACAAAGCCAGGCAAGGGGGCGACCUGGGCUGGAUGGCCAGGGGCUCCAUGGUGGGGCCCUUCCAGGAAGCUGCCUUUGCUCUGCCGGUCAGCAGCAUGGACAAACCCGUCUACACAGACCCUCCAGUCAAAACCAAGUUUGGCUAUCACAUCAUCAUGGUGGAAGGACGGAAAUAAUAAAACGAAGGUUGCAUAAGU